AUGAUUAGGAACAUAGGAGAAAAGAUAUUAUAAAAUAAGAAAGUGUUAAUGUUAAUAGAAAGGCUAUCCUUUUUAGUAUUGUUAGCAGGUAUUUUGUAUACUACUUAUGUAGCAAAUGAUUCUGAGUACUCAAAAAUAGAAGAAAAUGCGCUUAGCCCUUCUCUAGGUAGAAUGAAUACAUAAAAUCCAAAUCUUUUAGAUUACUUCAAGUAAAUUUCUGAAAGUAUGGCAAAUUACACUGAAUAAAAGGAAGUCCUCUAGUUUUUAGAGAAAUUUUUUGAUGAAAAUAACAUGGAAUAUCAAGUAUAAAAUUUCACUUAAAAAACUGAAAAUGGAGUUGAAUAAAGAUAAAACAUAGCCGGCCUUUAUCGUUCUAAGAGAUCUAACAAUUAUGAGUGCAAUCUUAUCUCAUUCGAUAUCAAUCCUGUCCAUAAAAAGAUUAGCAUUCCAUUUGCUUUAGCUUUUGCCAAGUAUUAUGAAAAUCACAAAGUAAACUAUCUUUCUAGAGACAUUAUAUUCUUAGGCUAUGAUAGCAGGGGUAAGAAAUACGGAUACUCAGUAGAGCAGUUUAUUAAAGAAAACUUAUCAGAAAAUUCUCAAAUUCCUAAGUGUGGAGUGAUUAGACAAGCAUUAAACUUAGAUUUGGACAGUAACUUCCAAUAGUUGUAUUUAAAGACUUUGGGUUUUGAUGGAAAAGUUCCUGAUAGAGAUUAUUUUUUAGGUUUUAAUAAUAUGAUGCAUGAGGCUCUUUCUGAAUCUGGUUUUAAAUAUUCUGAGAUAUCUUUUAAAAUUCCUAAUAUGCUAGGAAAUUUCCUUGAGAGAAUUCUUCACGAAGUUGGCCAACAAUUAUAGAUGGUUUUCCCAUUGGAUUUCUUCAAAAACUUCAAGUAUUUCUUCCAUAUUUUAAUGUCAGGUAUUUAUGGAGAUAAGCAUGACGCUCAUUCUUAAAUGAUUUAUCAUGGAAUAUAAGCAAUAACAAUCAAAGGAAAGUACAAUCCUAAAAUUUAGACUGAUAAUUCAAAUACAAUUACUCAACUAUUUAAUGCUGUAGAAUCAAGCUAAAGAGCUAACUUCUCUCUUGAUGAGCAACUACACGCAGGAUCUACUUUAUACUAUCCAUUGACAAAAAAUAGAUAGAUUACUAUUAAAUUACUGCCUAUUAGCAUUAUCUUAGUAUGUGCUCCUUUUGCUAUUUAAUAUUUAAAAGAAUAUUUUAAUAAGAAAAAUGAUCCAUAAACUAACUUAGUAAAAAUCCAUGCUAGAACCCUUAUUGGCGUAUUCCACUCCUUUUUCAUGCUUUCUCUUCCUACUGUUGCUUAAAUUUUAUAUCCUUAUGUUUUUCCUAAUUCAGGGGAUCCAGUAUUUUGUUAAGAUUGGUCUUCAUUUAGCCAUCCUUAGUUAUUAAAUCUAUUUUAUCUUCUCGCAGCUUUAAUUAUACUGACACGUUUAUUAUUUAAAAUAAUUCUUGAAUACGUAGUCCUUAAAGGAAUUCUAAAAUGUAGUUUAAAAGAAAGUAAAUCAGAUGGCGAUUUCUCUGCAACUGCAAAUGGCUUAAUAUUAGGUCUUUUUACUAUCAUUUAUCUGUUUAUAAAUACUAGCAUAGCUUAUAUUUCAAUAACACUAAUGUGUCCAUUAUUUUACAUUUCAAAACCCUUAAUACCGAGAAGUGCAAAAGAUUUUUUAAGAACAGUUGCUAUCUUUGCUUGUUAUUAUUUAGUCUAUACCGCUAUUAGUUAAUUCUAAUUAAACUAUUUAAAUGAAACAAUUGAAGCUGUAAUUACUCAACAAUGCAUACAAACAAGCAAAGUAUGGUUUGCUCUAUGUAUACUAUUCAACUUAGUUUGGAACAAGAUAGAAAUAUAUUUAAUAUGA